UUUCGGAUGUACACUCUUGCCAUAUCUACCUAAUACUUUAUCUAAGCCUCAAUAAGUUUAAAAUGCAGUAAAAGAAAACGUACCCAUUUUUCAUAGACAAAAAUCAUUAGAUGGCAACACCGAGAUCAUCGAUGAACAAAUGAAAUACGGCAACGUCACGCAAGGAUUGAAGUGGUAAAGUGGAAUAUCAUUCGGCGUUAUUAAAAAUUAUAAAAUUUACGAAUUAUAAGUUUAAUUGUUGAUCAAAAUGGCAGACAAUAAGAGCCCUGAUGAUUUGUCGACCGCGAUCCUGCGCCGCAAGGAUAGGCCGAACCGCCUCAUCGUGGAGGAGGCCGUCAGCGACGAUAACUCUGUCGUCGCGUUAUCACAGGCAAAAAUGGAGCAGUUGCAGCUAUUCCGUGGAGACACAGUGCUGCUGAAGGGCAAGCGGCGCAAGGAGACCGUGUGCAUCGUGCUUUCAGACGACAACUGUCCCGAUGAGAAGAUCCGCAUGAACCGCGUGGUCCGCAACAACUUGAGAGUGCGGCUGUCCGAUGUGGUGUCCAUAGCUCCGUGCCCUUCGGUCAAAUACGGAAAACGCGUUCACAUAUUGCCCAUUGAUGAUUCUGUUGAGGGUCUUACCGGAAACCUGUUCGAAGUGUACCUGAAGCCGUACUUCAUGGAGGCGUACCGGCCGAUUCAUCGCGACGACACCUUCAUGGUGCGCGGCGGCAUGCGCGCCGUGGAGUUUAAGGUGGUCGAGACGGACCCUUCGCCCUACUGCAUCGUGGCGCCCGACACCGUCAUACACUGCGAGGGUGACCCCAUCAAACGCGAGGAGGAAGAGGAAGCUCUGAACGCGGUCGGUUACGACGACAUCGGCGGGUGCCGCAAGCAGCUCGCUCAGAUCAAGGAGAUGGUGGAGCUGCCGCUGAGGCACCCGUCGCUGUUCAAAGCUAUCGGCGUGAAGCCGCCGCGCGGUAUACUCAUGUACGGACCGCCCGGUACCGGCAAGACGCUCAUCGCUCGUGCUGUUGCUAAUGAGACAGGCGCAUUCUUCUUCCUGAUCAACGGUCCGGAGAUCAUGUCUAAGCUGGCUGGCGAGUCAGAGUCGAACCUGCGCAAGGCGUUCGAGGAGGCGGACAAGAACUCGCCAGCGAUCAUCUUCAUCGACGAGCUGGACGCUAUCGCGCCCAAGAGAGAGAAGACACACGGAGAGGUGGAGAGACGUAUUGUGUCGCAGCUGCUAACUCUUAUGGACGGAAUGAAGAAAUCUUCUCACGUGAUCGUAAUGGCGGCCACUAACCGUCCUAACUCUAUCGACCCGGCGCUGCGUCGUUUCGGUCGGUUCGACCGUGAGAUCGACAUCGGUAUACCGGACGCCACUGGCCGCCUCGAGAUCCUGCGCAUUCACACCAAGAACAUGAAGCUCGGCGAUGACGUCGAUCUUGAACAGAUUGCGGCGGAGUCUCACGGUCACGUGGGCGCCGACUUGGCUUCGCUCUGCUCUGAGGCGGCGCUGCAACAGAUCCGCGAGAAGAUGGACCUCAUCGACCUCGAGGACGACCAGAUCGACGCCGAGGUGCUCAACUCUCUCGCAGUCUCCAUGGACAACUUCCGGUACGCGAUGACCAAGUCGUCGCCGUCGGCCCUGCGCGAGACAGUAGUGGAGGUGCCCAACGUGACGUGGGGCGACAUCGGCGGCCUGCAGAGCGUCAAGCGCGAGCUGCAGGAGCUGGUGCAGUACCCCGUGGAGCAUCCCGACAAGUUCCUCAAGUUCGGCAUGCAGCCCUCGCGCGGUGUGCUGUUCUACGGACCUCCUGGAUGCGGUAAAACAUUGCUGGCUAAAGCUAUCGCCAACGAAUGCCAGGCGAACUUCAUCUCAGUGAAAGGCCCAGAGCUGCUCACCAUGUGGUUUGGUGAAUCUGAAGCCAACGUGCGAGACAUCUUUGACAAGGCUCGCUCAGCCUCCCCGUGCGUGUUGUUCUUCGACGAGCUGGACUCGAUCGCGAAGUCGCGCGGCGGGUCGGUGUCUGACGCCGGCGGAGCGGCUGACCGCGUCAUCAACCAGAUACUCACUGAGAUGGACGGCAUGGGUGCCAAGAAGAAUGUCUUCAUUAUUGGUGCGACGAAUCGUCCCGAUAUCAUCGACCCGGCUAUCCUGCGGCCGGGCCGUCUCGACCAGCUGAUUUACAUCCCGCUGCCAGACGAGAAGUCUCGUGAGGCCAUCCUGCGCGCUAACCUGCGCAAAUCGCCCAUCGCCAAGGACGUGGAUCUCUCUUACAUCGCUAAGGUGACACAAGGGUUCAGCGGUGCCGACUUGACUGAGAUCUGCCAGCGCGCGUGCAAGCUCGCCAUCCGACAAGCCAUCGAGGCGGAGAUCACACGCGAGCGCACGCGCCAGAACCAGCCCGCUGCCGCCGUCAUGGACAUGGACGAAGAAGACCCAGUGCCAGAGAUCAGCCGCGCUCACUUCGAGGAGGCGAUGAAGUUCGCGCGCCGCUCCGUGUCCGACAACGACAUCCGCAAGUACGAGAUGUUCGCGCAGACGCUGCAACAGAGCCGCGGAUUCGGCACCAACUUCAGGUUCCCGACGAGCGCGGGCGGCGCCGGCGGCACGGGCACGUCGGGCGGCGACCAGCCCACCUUCCAGGAGGAGGGCGGCGACGACGACCUCUACAGCUAAACACUCCACACGUUCCAGCGCUGAGACUCCAGGCCACGCGCCGCCUGUAGUACGGCGGCCGAGCGAAUUAAUAGUGUCGAGAUUUUUUAAAAAAUACAAAAUCGGCGCGCCAGUCUGACUACGCGUCGCGGUCUCAUAAAAUUCACUGAACCUAGCCAGCUAAUGUAAAUGUAUUUAUUUGUAAUUGAAUCAUUCUUAUAACAUUCGUUUAUUUUCCGUUCGCUUAUGUUAGUUUUAAUUGAAUGUGUGUAUUGUAUUGGUCCCGGUGGGCAAUUAUAAGAUCAUAAGGCAUAAAGUACUUGUUACACUUUACUACAUCUAAUGGAUCCUGUGCGUAAACCAGUCCGGCUAUGCGCCGGCGCACACCACAUUGCAGUGAUUUUAUAAUAAAAGAUUUUUACAGACUAA